AUGGUCAGAAGUAGUAAUAAUAAUAAUGAUGAUGAUAGUGAUGAUGAAGGUGUUGGAUCAGAUAUAAUGUUACUUGGCAACUUGAAACAGAGAUUCAGUAAUAUGUUUGGAGAUGAUGUUGAUGAAGAUGAAGAGGAUGAGGACAAGAAGGCCACUUGUGCAAAUGCUCAUGUGUUUGUUGAUAAAUACUUUGGAGAUGUGAUUGGAUCAUCGAUUGGAUUACAAUCAGUUAUGGCAUCAUGCGUCUCAUUCAAUGUCCUCACUCAAUCAUUCACUGCUCAGCAAUUGGAUAGAUUGGCAGUUUUACAACAAUUACAUGGUGAUCACAACGAAGACGAUCAACAACCUUGUAUGAAGGUUGUAUUCUUCCUGUCAACAUAUCUCUGGGACUAUUCCGAUGCAAUCAAGAUGCUGCUUGGUCAUCAUAAAUGGACUUCAUGCCAAAUAUACUGCGCGAUCAGUGAGUUGGCACAUCUGUCACAUCCACAUCCUCCAGUGUCCUCUCGUUCAUCAUCCCCAGUGUUGACAUCGGCCAACGCCAACGAUCGAUCCGCUUCAUUCAAACCCAUCUAUCAUCGAUUCGAAUCGGACUUUAACGACAUACUUGAUGACUCACAUGGCGGUGUCGAGAAGAAUCGUUGUACAAUCAGUUACUUCCCUACAUGUUACAGUAUGCCCUACAGCAACUACUUCACGAUUCCCGUGCAGGCCAACAUUUUCCCUCCACUAUACUUUGCCCAAGAGAUGCGUCCUCAUGAGUCCAAGCUUGCCAAACUACCCAAUGCCAUCCAAGAGGGUGUUCACCUGACCACUCAUUCACUACUAUCAUUCCUGGCCGAUCUACGUCUUGGUGCAUCCAAUGGCGAGGACCUCAGUAUUUUCCCCGUGGGUCAAUACUCCACAUUCUUGGCUGGCGAGAUACACGCUGUUCUAUCAACGGCGACCAAAGUCCAAACCGAUGCCUAUCAUCCAAUAUCAUUAGUACUCGUUGAUAGGUAUCUGGAUCUCGUCAGUCCAUGCGCACACUCUGAUAAUGCACUUGAUAGAGUGUUCCAGACGACAUCCACGUCAGACAAUCAAUCACCUCAUUUCAAUAUUGACCCUGUGUUUGCCACCUCCACUCCAUCUUUCAAGGCCACAUCACCAUCACCAACACCUCAUAUAUAUGGCAGCAUAUCAUGUCUGAAUGAUGGCGACCAGGAUCACAUCUGGAGUUCAAUGGCUUCAAAGACACUACGUGACGCGAUUGUAUUGCUCAAACGACGUGUUGUAGACAUUGUCGCGCAAGAGAAUAUCCACGUGGACAUUGCAGCGGCUGCUAGUAGCUCUGGUGGUGCCAUGAAUGUUUCCUCACUUGUACAGCUACUAGAGGUGCUCAAACAACAUGGACUGACGCUCAAGUAUCGCAACGUUGUCCAGGCAUUGUGCGCAAUCAUUCAAACACUCCAAUGCAGUCAACACCAGCACUGGGAUAACCUGCUAUCGAUUGAGAAGAUCCUGUUGCUCAGCGCAGGGUUCACAGGUUCUAAUGACGACGAUGAUGACGAUGAUUCGUCUCAGAGCCUACUUGGACAGAUAUCGGAGUUGAUCAAUGCGCCAGUGUCCAAUGCCGACAAAACAAUGUAUACGCUACAGGAGAUACUAUUAUUGUGCACCUUUGCAUUCUCACUCAAGGGUGAGGCAGGGUUCACCGAACAAGAGCAGGACAAGUUGCAAGAGUCACUACAGACACGUGUGGCCAGUCUGGAUCGGGAGCAACUCGCCUCAGAUCCAUUGCUCAGCCAGCUGUUUGGCGAAGCGGGCAAGGAUGGAGAGGAGGACAUAGAGGCAAGACAAGAUGAGGCAUUGGAGGGCCUGUUCGAGACACUCAGACUCAUAUCCAACUCAAGGAAGAAUAUGCAAGAAUUCAAGUCAUUGCUCAAGGGUGGCAUGUCAGGCAGCACCUAUCAAUCAUUGUUGGGUCAACUAACCAAGGCAAUGCUGGAGCAGACUGAUCAGAAGGAGAUCAAGGCACUCGAGAGGUUCAAUCCAUCAAGACUGGGAUCACUCCUAACCAAGGGAUUCGGCAGCUGGGGCAUGUCCAAGAGAUCACAACACAUUGUAGACAAUCGCAAGAUCAUAGUAUAUGUCCUGGGAGGUGUAACCUUUGCCGAAUUGAAAGAGGUCCACGAUAUUGUUGAGCGUGCCAAACGAUCAUCACUCUCCACACAUCAAGUUAUAAUUGGAGGUAGUUGCAUAGCAACUGGAGCAACAAUACUCGAUGGUAUCCUUUCAUAUAUCAAUAUGGAUGCUUAA